UUUUUUUUGCAGAUAUACGAUAAAAAUUAUAGUUUAAGCAAAUUAGGAGCAUAAAAUAAAAUUACAAGAUGGGUUCAAUGCUUUCGUCCCAAAUGGGUUCAGUAAUGGAUGAAAACAUGAAGAAGCAGCAGGAUUUUAUGAUGAAAAACCAACAGACCAUGAUGGAGCGGAAUAUUGUUAUGCAGAAUGAAAUGAGAGAGCGACAAAUGGCGAUGGGAAUUGCAAGAGCUCGUGAAAUUAUCAAGUAUUAUGCCGGAUUCUACAGCUUCGUUCUUGUUGGGGGUUUGGCUGGAGCAAUGAAAGGUCGUCCAGCCGCAGCCAUUCCACUAAUUCCAUUCUCAUUUAUUCUUGCGUUCCAAUAUGACGCAGCCUACGGAACUUUGCUGUCAAGGGUCAGAGAUGGCGCCAACAGCAUUAUAAAAGACGAACAUGAUCUACUUGGACUUCCCAAAGGUCUCCCGACAUUCGAAUCUAUAGAAGAAGGAAGAUUAGCCAGGAAGCAGUAGAGAAAAUAAUGUUGAUUAGAAGAUGCAAAAACUUUAAAUUUUCCUUUUUUUU